GCUCCCAGGUCACAAGCAUCUUCACCACUACUCUCUCUCCCCCCAUUUUCAUUCUCAAAUUCUGACGCAGAUCCCAUUAUCAUCACUACUCCACCCCCCCCCUCUCUCUCUCAAAAGCCAUGGAGGAUCUUCCUCAAGGUUACCGUCCCAAUGUCGGAGUCUGUAUUAUCAACUCCGAUGAUCAGGUUUUUGUGGCUUCUAAAUUGAAUUCUCCAGGAGCAUGGCAAAUGCCUCAGGGCGGAAUUGAAGAUGGUGAAGAGCCUAUAUCUGCUGCCAUUCGGGAACUGCGACAAGAAACUGGAAUAGUAUCUGCUGAAAUAAUUGCUGAGGUCCCAAGAUGGUUAACCUAUGACUUUCCGCCUCAUGUGAAGGCUAAAGUCAAUCGGCUCUGGAGAGGUGAUUGGCAUGGACAUGCACAAAAGUGGUUUCUCAUGCGAUUCACUAAAGAUGACAGUGAGAUCAACUUAGCUAAUGGUGAAGCAGACCCUGAAUUUGCAGAAUGGAAAUGGUCAAGCCCUGAAGAAGUUAUUGACCAGGCCGCGGAAUAUAAAAAACCAAUCUAUGAAGAAGUUUUGAGAACCUUUAAGCCUUACUUCCAAGGGAAUGCAAUAUCUGCCAAAUGUAAAUCUUCAAAGUGGUGAAUGGCGUCUCUAUACAAAUGGUAUGUGGUGUAGGAAGCCUAGUGAUUGGCUACAAACUUGUUUUCAAAAUACUUUAGAUCAAGAAUCUCUAAAGUAACUGGAAAAAAAGGCAUCGUCUAUUGCUUGAAGCCCUGUGUAACAUGCGUUAUUGUUAAUGACUUAUAAAUAAGUGCGGCUUCUUAUAAAUUUUUUAGAUACAUAGAUAUAGAUUUUUGUGAGAAAAAUUAACUCCGUUAAUCAACU